AUGGAGCGCAAACGUUCGGUGCGGCGGCGGCAGAAACCACCAUUUGCCGAGCGCUUCAAGGACCACUGUCGCAACUUCACUGCAUUUAUGUUCAGCAACGUCGGGAUUAUAUUUUUAGUUGUCCUCUACAUGAUUGCGGGUGCGUUCAUGUUCAUCGCGAUCGAAGGUAAUGAAGCUUUAGAAAGGUUUGCUCAAAUACCGUCCAAGAGAAACGAGACUGCCAUGAGGCUGUGGCAAAUAUCCUGCUGCGAGGUGAAUGUGUUCAACAAAACCGUAUUCGAAGAGAGAGUAGGAGAAGAAAUACGUGCCUAUCAGGAGAAGAUUGUGCUGUGGGCUCGCCGAGGCUGGCAGGGUAGCGACAUCACGCUAGAAAGCGAAACGCAGUGGUCCUUCUCCGGGGGAUUCCUGUACUCUCUAACAGUCAUCACCACGAUCGGUUACGGAAAUAUCGUACCCCGAACGGAAUGGGGGAAAAUUGCAACGAUAUUUUAUGCAAUCAUAGGAAUGCCACUGUUUCUUCUUUAUCUUUCCAACAUUGGUGAUAUUUUGGCCAAGUCAUUUAAAUGGAUCUACGCCAAAUUCUGCCUGUGCCAGGUGUGUCCAGGCGUAGCCCGGCGGCGUGCGCUCCGUGCCAAACGCAGAGCGAGGACUGAGGAACGGGACUAUCAGUCGGAAUUCGGUGAAAAUGAAUUCGACACGGCUACCAUUACCACCUCCAACCCGGAGGACGAGAUCGACGAGGAAAUCACUGCCGAGCCGCAAACUGUGACCGUUCCAAUUACUAUUUGUAUAAUGAUCAUGAUUGGGUACAUAUUUUUCGGUGCUCGAUUGUUCGCAGACUGGGAAAACUGGGAUAUCCUUGAUGGCAGCUAUUUCUGCUUCAUUUCACUUAGCAGCAUCGGAUUCGGUGAUAUUGUACCAGGCGCUUCGCUGCAAACGAAAGGUGACACGAAGAUGGAAAUCAGCUUCAUCCUAUGCGCCAUCUAUCUACUGCUUGGGAUGGCACUGAUAGCCAUGUGCUUUAAUCUGAUGCAGGAGCAAGUUAUAUACAAGAUUCGGUCACUGAAGAAGUGUGUCCGUGGCUGCUUCCAGUGUAAGAAGACCGCUCCCCAGCCCUCCGAGGACGAAUCCGACAGCUGA